GGUUGCAGCUGACUCGCUGCUCAGUGCUCGGGACGAGCAGACAUGGCGGCCGGGGGGUAACGCUGCGGGGAUUCCCAGCUCCCCUGCCCAGCUGCAGCCGCUUACGCAUUUCAUAACCACCAGAAACCCCAAUUCCUGGCGAUCCUAAAAUGUGAGCGUAACUCUGCUACAAUCCCAGCCACACUACUCAGGGAACAAUGGAUCGGAACAAACGGAACUCGAUAGCCGGGUUCCCCCCUCGCUUAGAGCGGAUUGAGGACAGCCUUGGGGGAGAGGGUGGGAUUGCUCAGCUGGGGAAAGUCUACUCUUCCUCCUACAAUGCCCUCAUCAGCGCCUUCUCCAGGCUCACGCGGCUCGAUGACUUCACGUGUGAAAAGAUUGGCUCGGGCUUCUUCUCCGAAGUUUUCAAGGUGCGGCACAGGACGUCGGACCAAGUCAUGGCCCUGAAGAUGAACAUGCUCAGCAGUAACCGGGCCAACAUGCUAAAGGAGGUGCAGCUCAUGAACCGCCUGUCCCACCCCAAUAUACUGAGGUUUAUGGGAGUCUGCGUCCACCAGGGGCAGCUGCAUGCGCUCACAGAGUACAUUAAUAGUGGAAAUUUGGAGCAGCUUCUAGACAGCAACCAGCAUCUACCGUGGACGGUACGGGAAAAGCUGGCUCUGGACAUGGCCCGAGGCCUGGCCUAUCUCCACUCCAAGGGGAUCUUCCAUCGAGACCUCACAUCAAAGAACUGCCUCAUUAGUAGUGAUGAGAGCGGGUACUCCGCAGUGGUGGCAGAUUUUGGACUUGCAGAAAAAAUUCCAGAUUACAGUCAGGGGAACGAGAAGCUCGCUGUAGUAGGGUCUCCCUACUGGAUGGCUCCCGAGGUUCUGCGAGACGAACCUUACAACGAGAAGGCUGAUGUGUUCUCCUACGGAAUCAUCUUGUGUGAGAUAAUCGCUCGGAUACAGGCGGACCCCGACUAUUUGCCCCGCACAGAGAACUUUGGGCUGGACUAUGACGCCUUCCAGCACAUGGUUGGGGAUUGUCCUCCCGACUUUCUUCAGCUGACGUUUAACUGCUGCAAUAUGGACCCGAAGCUCCGUCCGUCCUUUGUGGACAUUGUGAAGCAGCUGGAGGAAAUUUUAAAUCGUUCAAAGAAAGAAGAGUCUGAAAAUGAGCGAAGGGCUAAUAGCCCCGAGGCUACAGAGACUAAACCCCUUCCUAAAGGGGCCAGUGAGAAGAGCCAAGGGGUCAAGCGUCUCAUCGCUACACCACAGGAUGACAAAAUCCCACAGAAAUCACCACGCCCGCGACGCAACAUCACUCUGUCCCGGAGUCAGUCGGAUGUCUUUGCACGGAAAGGUGUGCAGAAGAUCAACGUGCAGGACCCCUUCUACACUCCCAGCAAGGGGGCACUGCGCAAGGUCAACCCCUUUAACGCCAGGGAGGACUUGAGAGGAGGAAAGAUUAAAUUCUUCGACAUGCCCAGCAAAUCGGUCAUCUCUCACGUCUUUGACUUGCAUUCACCCAAGAUAGACGGGGUUCCGGUGACGGGGCCUCUAAGGCAGCUGUACAGCCAGGACACUGUGGAUAACAGCUGUAUUCCCAGAAGAAUCUGUAGGUCGCUGCCAGUCUCUCCGGAGCUUUUAAAAAGAGACUGCUCGCCCUCCACAGUGGGAAAGGGCGACAUUACGCAGAACAGCAGUGAGGUGAAGGCAAAACUCCUCUGUAACAUCAAAUACGGAGUAUCCGAAAUUCCCCCAUAUAAGUUGCGCUCACCAACCUCGGACUCUGUGCAGGCCAAUGACGAAGAAAUGGACUGCACUGAUGGCAGCGGAACCCUGGAAGAGAGUAGCUUUGGUUCCCCCACCCUGGUGAAGAACAAGGUAGAUGAGUAUUGUAACCAGCUGCUGGUCAAUAACAAGAAGCCCACCCUGUGUUCCCAAAGUCCAGCUCACUGCCUCCCUGAGGAUGACCACUCCUUUGCGUUAUCCCCCAGUUCCGAAGCCAUGGAAAUAGAGGAUGAACUAAACGAGAACCAUUCUGGGUCAUCGGUCAGCUGCAGCUCUCCACCAGUGUUUGGGGAUCUCUCAUUACUGCAGGGUGACGAUACAGACAGCAAAGACUUUCUAUGUGACCCUGUGUCCGGCUGCCGGAUUAUGCAGGGAGUGGUUAAAAUGUGACGCUCUUGCUUGACGUUAUCCGCAGUAUCUUGAAUGGGAUUAUAGUACACAAUAGGAAUCUUUCAUUAUGGAAUUUUCCCAUUGUCCGGUUUCCUUAGGAGCUGUAACACCUGCUGCUCUUCCUGCAAUUCCUGACAUUUGCACCUCCCGGUAGGGUUGUUAUCCCUCCAUUCGUGUACUACAACUGGUAGAAAGAUCUAUGUCUGGGUGAUUAUUACAGGCUGUCAUUUGGGGACUGUGUGUCAUCGGUGUGACCUCUAAGUAAAGAGGAUUAGGGUUCAUGCACAAAAGGGAUCCAAAACGUGAAUCGCACAAACUCAUUGGAGAUCUGGUGCACAGGAAAAAGGUUUUAUAAACUACGGCAACCAGAUCAAAGUGUAUAAUGCAGUUUAGAAAUUGGAAACAAGUGUCCAUUGCUAAAGCCAGCAGCUCCUGUUGUCUUAAUGUUCCCAACAUAUUCACGAUGCAUUAGAACAUAAAAUGUAUUUCAUACAAUGAACAGCACUCAUGUCAUGUUACACAUUGUAACCAAUCAAUCAUGUGAUGCUGUGUACCCAAUCAGAUGUGAACAUUGGCCACCUGAGUUCCAUGGUAGACCUGUGAGACUUAUUAAUGUGGCUUAUAGUGCCCUGGUGGUCCAAUCUUUUUAAACAGACCUUUUAGGGCUCAAUGUCAUUUUGUGAUGCCUUAACCUGUUCAGUGCCAGUAUGUUGGCCUAGACACCGAACCUCCCCCCAGACUGCCACCUUAGUAAAGUCCAUUAAACAUGCAUUCAUCUAAGUAAUGUGAACUGCACAUAGCAUGGUCGGUUGGAGCCUCCGCCCUCCGGCCUGGGGUAACCUGACCGUUUUAAUGCAACUAUUUAAGAGAGUUUGAAAUGUCGGUGUGAAGUAUAAAACUGCCUGCGUCUACCCAACUCUGGCUUUUAAAGGGUAAAGUGUUGUUAUUUGAUUGGCUCCAGACCAGAGCAUCUAUACCACGCAUCUAACAAGUGUUACGUGUACAGAAUGUGUAUCCGCAAGCUGAAGUGACCAGUCUCCUCUGCCCCCGCCCCAAAUCACAUCUGUUGACCCGAAACCAGCGUUUCUUGUAUAAAAAUGUCUAAUUUCCAGUUGUAAUGAUGUUACAGAGCUGCAGUGCUCCGAUUCUCGAGCGACACUGUCCUGUAUUAUCAUUCUGAUCAGUGGCGUUACCACCCACUAAAUACAAUUAGUAUUGGAUUACCAUCUAACCAGGCUAUUUAUGGCUAUUACCCUCCUUUUAUAGAAGUGGAUAUCUGCUCCCUGCUGUGAGAGUCAGCUUGUGCAGAUAAAGGAAGACCUGCAUAAUUCGCAUGGAAAGAGGAAGUAACAGUAUGGGCAUGCCUCCAUUCCCCUUCUAAAUAAACUGAUUAUAAUGUUACACUGCACAGCUCACAUAGGAACAUGUAACAUUAACUUGUUGUAAAGUUCAUCCACAAUAAUGCAUUUGCUCUUGUAUAUAGUGAGUUUAGCUAGUCUUCCCACUAGCUGGCUAGAGAAGGGCAUUCAGGAGCACUAUAGUGUAAAUCAGUGGUUCUCCAACUCUGUCCUCAGGACCCCACACGGUUCACAUUUUCCAUGUCACCCAGCAGCUGCACUGUGUAUCACCAACUGUCACAUUUUAAAAAUCUACAGGUGACCUGCAAAACAUGAACCGUGUGGGGUCCUGAGGACAGAGUUUGAGAACCUGUGGUGUAAAUAGUCCCUUCCACACCAGCUACUGCCCACAACAGACUCCAUUAUCCCCAUUUACUAAAGUAUGUGAUAAAUCUUUGCUCCAUUAUGAAAUUAAAUAAAUUUAAGUUUUUUUCCCAUUUUAGUUGCUGCAGCUAAAAACAAAAACAUUUACGUCUAAACUAAGAGACAAACUAUAUGAAUGCGGGUAAGAAUUGGCGAUUGUUCUGUACUUCAUCAGAUAUACACAGUGGAGCGACCGGUUUUUGGGUUUAACCCAAUCUCAUGAAAAUGCAGCCAAUCAGUACACUAAGGACUGGUGACAUCACUGAAAGCUCAGUGAUGUCACGAUUUCCUAGUGAUUUGAUAGGCUUACUAUGUAGACCACCACACUAUGUGUAGAUGACAGGGUACACUUUUUUUUUAACGAAGAUGAAAAUGACUUUUCAAUGCACACGUCAGAUAUUUAUGUUGUAUAUUAAUUCCGGGGCCCUGAUGAUGCUGAGCACUCCAGAACCACUUGAAUAACCAAGUAGGAAAAUGUACAGUACUUUCAGAUUAAUCACUACAAUUGUCUUCUUUUGUUUUUAAGUAGGCUUUUUUUCAGGCAUGUAAUUGUUACUGAUUGAGAGAAGUAGUAAAUAUUAUUUUUGUAUAAGGUAUUUUCAAUUGGUUCACAAACCUAUGCUGGAAGGACGGCAGACCAAGGUGGCGUUCUGCGGCUCGAGCUGUUUUUACACGAACCAGUCUUAUAGUAAAAGACACUUGAAUUCUUCUGUUUUGCACUUAUAACUGAUAUUUUGCUGUCAAUACAUUUCUAUGCAAAAAGUCAAGUUGUUUUUGGCAGUCGGAUCUGGUUUUGAGCCUCUUUAAAAGUUGGUUUAUUUUCAUAUUUAUGAGCAUUUUAUUAAGUCUUAAAACCGAUGGGUUUGGAACCUUACGGAGCUGUAAUUAAUCAUGACGAGAAUAAUAUCACUGCCAGCAAAUUAAUAAUUUUUUUUUCUCAAAUCUGUCGUCCCCAUGAUUUUUCUAUGUAUAUUUAUGGAUCUAUAAAAUGGUUAUGCUUCAAUGUUCUGCCAAUGAGCUUUGUGUAUAUAUGAUUUCUGAAAUGAGAAACCAAAGAGAAAUUGAAUGAAUCAUUUUAGACUUUUUUUUUUUUUUUUUGUAGUUGUAAUUUCUCAUUUAGCGAACAGAUUAAAAUGUCUAGCAGUGUCUGGCGUUGCCGUCCCGAUCUAUGAAA